UGCAUCAGCAAGUGUCGUUCCAAGUCUGAAGUCCCUAGCAUUCGACGCCUUCUCCGAAGUUGCGCACAACAUUCCCGGCAACUCGUACUCCUCCUAUCCUAUGUCGACCGUACACUUGCUUUUAACUUGCCUUUUAUACCCUUCGUACUCAAUAUUCACCUAUGUAAGAAGCGCUUGACGCGUUCCCAUUAACGAAACCCCUACAAGUAACAAUUUUUCUUGACUCUUUGUGUGCUCCUACUCGUCGAUAAUUGGGGGGCGGGUUCUUCAAUAAUCGUUCAGUUAUGGUGAAAUCUGGUGUCAAUGAUGAUGGGUCUCAAUCAAUACCGCCAUUUUUGAGGAAGUGCUAUGAAAUGGUGGAUGAUGAGUCCUCGAAUCCUGUUAUCUCAUGGAGCCAAAACGAUGACAGCUUCGUCAUUUGGAACAUGACUGAAUUCUCGGUUCAGUUGCUUCCCAAGUUCUUCAAGCACAACAAUUUCUCCAGCUUUAUGAGGCAACUCAACAUCUACGGUUUCAGAAAAAUUGAUUCAGAUCGAUGGGAGUUUUCAAAUGAUGGAUUUAUCAAAGGUCAAAAGCACUUGUUAAAGAACAUUUGUCGGAGGAAACACUCUCAGAGUAUGGAUAAUCGGAAAACAUUGCUGCAGCAAGACAACAAGGUUGAAUCUAGUGAAGAAAUUGAAAAUCCAGGGCUAUGGAAGGAAGUUGAGAAUCUGAAGACUGAUAAAAAUUCACUUAUGCAGCAGUUAGUUAAUCUUAGGCAGCAUCAGGAAACUGCAGAUGACAAGUUGCUUGUCUUAAAAGAUCGCCUUCAAGGAAUGGAGAAAAACCAGCAGCAGAUGCUGUCAUUCUUGGUUAUAGCCAUGAAAAUUCCAGGAUUUUUGGUUCAGCUACUUCAGCCCAAGGAAAAUAAUUGGCGCAUGGCUGAAAGUGGCGGUAUGCUGGAACGAGGAAUAGAGGAUGGUGGGCCACCAGCUGUCGAUGGUAUGAUAGUAAGGUAUCAACUACCUCUUGAUGAAUUGCCUUCACCUGUUCUUGUACCAACGGAUUCGGGAAAACCACAACAAUCUAAUCAUUCUUUUGAUGGGAUGAAAGACUACUUUGUGAAUUCUGAUUUCAUGAAAAUGCUUUUGGAUGAAAAAUUGUGCUCAUUUGAAAGCCAGGUCCCCUUUGUUCUUCCAGACUUACCUGAUGAUGGUGCAUGGGAACAACUUCUGCUUGCUAGUCCUGUUCGUCAAGAUUCUAAACAUGACAGUGAAAGGGCAAAUGACACUGAAAUGGAAAUAGAAACCUCAUCAGCAAUUGGAACUGACUUUGAAGUAUCUAAGAGGUUUGAAACUGCAUUUGAUCUAAUGGUUAGUUCUCAAAAUCUUGAGAGUAAGUCAACAGAGUUAGGAAAUUAUCCUAUGAAGUCUUAAAACAUAGAAGUUCUGACUCAGCAAAUGGGUCCUUUUGGCUUCUGAAACCAAUUAUAAUCAUGGGAAACCAUAAAAAGAUGCCGGGAAAUAUUUUUUUGGGAUGCCUGCAUAUCUUUACAUCCUACUUUUCUCUUGCGUUUCAUUUGUAGUCCAAGUUAUAGUUGAUACGCUUUCUUAUCACUCAAUCUCCUGAGAGUGUAUAUGUAUCUAAGCAAAUGUUGGCAUUAUAUGCUCCAUCUUCACAUGUUAUAACACAAACAAUCAAUUCCCUUUCUUACUCUUGGGCAACUUUUGUACGAUGAGCAAGUGUAUUAUUUUAUCGUUUUGCUGAUAGGCGAUAUAAAAUAUAUAUCUCAUGGGUCGUGAGUAGCUUUAACUGUA